UCAUGAAAUAUUUACUUUUCUUAGCAAUCAUCUUGGUAGCUUUAGCUAAAAGACACCAUUAGCCAGACGCUGUUUUAUCAUGUCUUUAAGGAGUAUGUAAAGAAGAAUUUGAUAUUUGUGAUAACUCAACAGGUUGUUUGAAAUAACUGAAAAAAUGUAUGAAAGUAUAAGAAAGAGACCCAUUAAAUUACUCUGCUGUAUAUUUAUAUUAAGUAUCAUAGGGAUAUGAAUGUUUAGAAUAAGAAAAAACAGCAUUAGAUGCCUUUGAAUGUAUUUUUGGAAAAUGCCUUGGAGUACAUGGAGAAUGAG